CCCACACGCUCUCCAGCCUCCCUCGCAGCAUCACCAGCUCUCCAGCAGAUGCAUCGUAUACAUGAGCUGGUUGGUCACCAGGGAUCACUCUCACGUGCCGGCCGCGGCGCAGUUCCACACAGGCGGCUGCUCCUCAACGCACACACAAUAUUGACUGACACAGCUGUCUUUCGACUGGCUGCCUCAUUCUUGUGGCGUACCUUCUGUCCUUCAUUCAUUCAGCCAGCCAGCCCUCAGCAGCUCCACAAACCGACCCUCCAGCAAAGCGGAUAAAUCAGCUCAGCACCACAGCGGCGGCGAUUCCAGAAGAGCAGCUCAGUCCAGUCAGUCCAGUCAGUCCAGAGCACGGCACGGCACGGCACGCACACGUCAAUACCUACCUACUUCUGCCUGUCUGCUUACCCCAUACGAGCAGCUUCGCCUUGCCCUCGCCAUCCGCAGCAAGAGCCGCACUGAAUGUGCUCCCAGCAGACACACAACACUGCAAACACGCACACGGUGUUGUGUUGUGGACACCGUGUGUAGAGUCAGCGCACCUACCACACUGUUUGGCAGCCCGCUGACACGCUCGGGUCCCUUGGCCACACUGAAGGGAGCACCAGAGGAUGCUGCUGCUGCCGGUGCGACGGCCGGGUGGUCAGCUGCUGCGGCAGAUGCGCGAUGGUCGGGAAGCUGGAAGGGCGGGAGUUUGUGCUGCAUGUCUGGCACGUCUGGCAGUGGUUGGGGGUAGGGCAGGUUGGGGAGGGUGCCAAACGUGUAGACGUCACCUGCACGGCACGGCACGGCCACGCAAGGACAAGAAAGAAUCCAAUGUAUUUGUGUGUCUAUCUGUCAGCAGUCUCUGUUUGUAUUGCAUGCAACGCCUACCGGUGUUAGUGAGAGCGAUGGAGUGACAGAGGCCGCACGACACCUGACGAACCUUGGUGCUCGCAAAGGCGCCCACACUCUGACACAUCACAUGCACACACGGGAGACGAACAAGUGGCGAGCCGCUAUGCUAUCUCUACCUUACCUGUGGCAGCUCUUUCUCUGACGUGUGGCCGAGACCCAGCUGGCCUUGAAGAUUCAGACCCCUGCUUAACGCACUCUCACACACAUUCCAUUCAUGGGUGAGUUCAGGUGAAAUGGUAUGGUGCUGUGCUGACCAGGCAAGAAUGCGGCCCCGAUCGGUGACAGCCAGGGUGUGGGCAGACCGAGAUGCAACGCUGGACAGACCCUCGCCGCCCAACAGAGGCAGCUGCACCGCUCUGGGCUGCACGACGACCUCAUUCUUGCCCUCAGCACAGUCCCUCUCGCUGCGCCACAGACCCAGCUGGCCCUGCUUGUUCAGACCUGCACUCAUCCGAAAACACAUCAAUCAAUGUAUGUGUAGGCAGAGAGAUAGACCAAACACAUUUCCACUUCAUUACCGCAGGCCAUCAGCACUGUGGGUGUGCCGCCUGUCGGCCCCUCCGCGACGAGGAAGAAUGACGCCGACCGUGCCGCCGCGACGCCCUUGACCGUGCAGCCUUCAUGUCUUGUGGCUGUGAUGGGCUGCAGGGACUCGACUGGCCGAGUGUUGCCUUGACCCACCUGCACAAACACAACACAACACGGGGAAGAGCGAUGGAUGCCAAUUAGGUAUUUGGAUGUCUGCAUGGCAUGCAUCGUGCAUUACCUCGCCGUACUGAUUGCGGCCCUGAACACACGACAGCAGACAAGCCAACCAUUGGAUGAAGAAGAGGCCUGCCUCCCGGUGUCCCGGUGUCCUCCAUUCUUUCUGUUGCUCACCCAUCCAAAUGCCCUCCCUCUCUCCGUGAACAGCACCACAUGCUCCUCACCGCACGCAAUGCCACAGAUGGCGUCACCAGACGCCCCCAGCUCAGCGCCAAGCCUCAGAUAAGCCCUCCUCCGCUGCGCGGCAACAUCAGCAUCCUCUUUGGCCGCAUCGGCAUCGAAUAGCGCCACCCCAUACUUGUCUGCCAGCGCUACGUUGGCCUCACAGACGCCGAAAUGCAGCCAGUUAGGUCUGGUGUCAGCCCUAUGAGGUAUUUGUGAUAGAUCUACCCAUUCCCAAUCGGGCUGGCGGGAGAGGGAGGCACCCUGGACCGCAGGAAGCUUGUAGCCAUGGACAGCGAGUGCCAU